AGUUGUAACAACCUCUACAAUGAAUUCUCUACUGGUUUUUUUAGCCGCCUGUGUUGCAGCAGUUUUGGCCCUUCCUCAUCAUGAACAUCAUGCUCCAGCCCAUUAUAAAUUCGACUAUGGUGUACAUGAUCCUCAUACUCAUGACGUGAAAUCUCAAUGGGAACAUAGAGAUGGAGACCACGUUAAAGGAGCUUACUCCUUGAAAGAAGCUGAUGGUACCACCAGGUUGGUGGAAUACACUGCUGGACCUCAUUCUGGAUUUAACGCUGUUGUGAAGAGAAUAGGUCAUGCUCAUCAUCCAGCUCAUUAUGGUCACCAUGGUGGUGCUCAUCAUGGAGGACAUGGAGGAGAUAGCUUUGUUGGAGUGACCCAUUGGGGUUUCCAACACUGA